AUGAACGAUUAUGCAUCCGACAGUGCGACGUGGGACUUCAAUUCCUGGGUGCCCGCGUCAGCGUGCAACCUAACCACGCGGGACGUCCACUGCGAGAUCGAUGCGUUCUCGGCGGCGGCAUACUAUGAGGAGUGGAACCUGGAGGACAUACCACAGCUCGUGGCCGCGAGCAGCCACGGCGGCAGCUCCAUGAACACCAACAGCCCGAAAAACAGCUCUAGCGGCGCCUCCGACGCGUCAGAGUCCGUCCACAGCUGCCUGGCCCAGGCGGCCGCCAUCCUCGUCGAUAUCCGAAAUGACAGCUGCACAACCGACUUGACCUGGGCUGCGGCCAACGUCGAUGUGAAGACCAUCGUGGGCGAUGUUAUCUUCGCAAACCGAAGGGCUACGGGCCAGGUGUCGAGAAUCAUGGAGUGUGCAUGCCUAGCUGCAGAUUAUCAAAUCUCCGUUGUGGUGUCAUUGAUCUGCUUCCACAUGAUUGACAGGUACGGCAAGGCAGUGGCUGCCGCAAGGGCGACGUUGGGGGGGAGUAUGCUGGGAAAGAAUCAUGUCAUUGGCUCUGUCCAGAUUCUUCUCGACGAGCUACGCCGGAUAAUACCCUUGAUUGGAAAAUCAACGAUGCGGAUUGGGGAGCCUCCCGGAUCAGCAGGGGCCAUGGGGAUUCCGGUGUCCGGUUUUGACCAGCUCCAGAGAGAUCUGGAGCACCACUUGUUCGCCGUAUUGGGAGACGCGGAGAGUUUCUUGCAUCAAGCAUCAGAGUGA